AUGUCCACCCCUCACAUCUGCCGCCUCAGCAGAUCCAAAUUCAAAUCCCAACCCACCAAUUUCUUCACCUCAAUACCAGCUCCCCAAUCGAGCCGGUCCCGAACCCUCAAACCUCUCAUUCCGCAGCGAUUCUUCUCCUCAUCUUGCCCCCUCACUUCUCACCCCCCAAAACCCUCUCACACGCCCAUCUCCGCCACCUCCUUCUCAUCCUCUCGCUCUCGUCUCCAAGCACGCCUCCUAACCCUGCAAUCCCGAAUUCCGAAAUUUCUCCACCCAUACACUGCACCCCUCCUUACGGCGCCAAAAACAUAUAUAAUAUCUUUCCUGGUUCUUCACGAGAUUACUGCUCUGGUGCCGCUAAUUUUGCUGGCGGGAGGCUUUCAUUAUACGGGAUGCUUACCUUCUGAUUUGAUACCAGAGGGGAAGUUGGAGGCUACGAGGGAGAGGUUUGAGAGAUGGUUUGGGAAGAAGGGGUGGUUUGGUUAUGAGGGUGCUACUGGUAGUGCAGAUGCAUUGGGAAAUGAUGGACAAACGAUUAUGAAAGCAGGGGAAAACAAUACUAGUGGGAAGAGAAUAGUUCUGGAAGUUGCGACGGCGUAUGUCGUUACGAAGAUAUUAUUGCCGAUUAGGAUACUUGUUUGUGUUUGGGGCACGCCGUGGUUUGCGGGGAUUAUGGGGAGGAUUGGGAGAUUAGGGAGGGGAGGGGGAGUGAAGUAA